ACUUGGAGAGACACGCCAGAUCCACACGCGUGCGCUUGACGAACGUGGUCGGACGCUUCCUGGCCGGUUCCGAAGAGCGAAAACCUCGUUGUGCUGGGAUCCGAAUUGAACCCCGUUAGAGCGACCUUCGACUUCUCUCCCUCCCCGUCGCUUCGUGGCGUGCUAACAGGUUAGCCUGAGCAGCAGCUGCUGCUGCUGCUCGGUUUUCCCACCUCCGUCUCCGGCCUCUCGCUCCACAGCGGCGCCCUCGAUCCUGUGAUGCUGCCUCUGCGGCGGCGUGGGACGGCCAGUUUCUGCGGUUAGCAGCCAUCGGCCUCACCCCCUGCAUGGCUCCACACAAGCAGGCGGCUCAGCCGGCGGCCGUCGCGGUGCAGCAGGUCCAGGCCGAGCACGCGCUGUUCCUCCAGGCCUUCGAGAAGCCAACCCAGAUCUACAGGUUCCUCCGCACCAGGAACUUGAUCGCACCCAUCUUCCUGCACAGAACCCUCAGCUACAUGUCGCACAGAAACUCCAGGACCAACGCCGGCAGGUUGGUGGGAAGGUUCCCCGCUAGCAAGCCUAGUUCUGACUUCAACACAUCCACAUCCUCACUGUCCAGGAGAUCAUCAAAGGUGGAUCACCUGCUGCCGGUGGUGGAGAGGAGAUGUGGAGGAAGAGACUCCAAGAGCUUGACGACAAACCUGCAGCUCAACUUCACCGGCUUCUUCCACAAGUCAGGAACGCUGUCUCAGGACAGUGAGAACGACCAGACCUGUGUUUCUCUGGAGGUUCUGCUGCUGAAAGUCUGUCACAAGAAGAGGAAGGACGUCAGCUCUCCCAUCAAGGAGGUUCCAGCUGGUACCAAGCAGGUUCCCCUCAACCCGGACGCCACCCCUGGUCCACCGCUCCGACCCGGAUCCUCCACGUCUCUGAUGAUUCCCAGCAGCGAGUUUGAGUCCAGCAACUCUCACACGGUCCGGUCGUAUUCCCUGCUCUUCCGAGCCUCGCGACCUGCUCAGGACCAGGGACUCGCCCACGGAGAGUCUCACCAGCACCAGCGCCGAGAGGACAGCGUGCUCAGGAAGGGGCGGGCCCCGUUACCCUGGGAGGAAACCAUGUUUGUCGCUCAGAUGACAGUUUUUGACAAGAACAGGCAUCUGCAGCUGUUGGACGGAGAGUAUGAAGUCUCCAUGCAGGAGGUUCAGGGGGGUGCGGCCAACCACAAGCGGGUCAGCUGGGAGACGGUGCAGGACGAGCAGAACCUCCCGCCUCUACAGAACUUCUGUCAGAGUCCCACUCUGCAGUUCAGCCUCCGCUGGACCAGCAACUCCCCUGAAGCUUGCUCUCCUCCACUGACCAGACCUCUGUCCACCCGGAACUCUGACUCCCCCCAGGAGAGCCGAGGAAGCAGCCCGAGAGCCGCACACACCUCCCUGGGUGAGUCACACCGCCUCUGGCCCAGACUUCACAUGGAAGAACGCCACACGUCGACCUCUUGUGUUGAAGCCUGGAAGGAGUCGGUCCACUGCAGCGCUCCGAUGCGACCAGAGCAGGUGUCCGCGGAGCCUCGGCAGAAGCUGAGGAUCUUCUACCAGUUUCAGUACAACAACAACACGCGGCAGCAGACGGAGGCCAGGGACGACCUGCACUGCCCCUGGUGCACCAUCAACUGCAGGAAGCUCUACAGCCUCAUCAAGCACCUCAAACUCUUGCACUCGCGCUUCCUCUUCAACUACGUGCCUCACCCAAGAGGAGCAAAGAUCGAGGUGUCCAUCAACGAUUUCUACGACGGCUCGUACGCAGGAAACCCUCAGGACGUCCACUGCCAGCCAGGCUUUGCCUUCAGCCGGAACGGGCCGGUCAAGAGGGCGGCGGUUAGCAGCGUCCUGGUCUGCAGACCCAAGCGCUCAAAGCCCAGUCUGUCGGAGUUUUUGGAGCCAGAGCGGUGUGACGGGGGGCAGCAGAGGGCGCUAGUCAGCGGGCACGCCCGCCUCUACUUCCACAGCGACUCGUGCACGCCGCUGCGCCAGCAGGAGCUGGAGGUGGACAGCGAGGACGAGCGAGACCCCGAGUGGCUGAAAGAGAAGACCGUCAAGGUUUGUGAGUCAAAACCGAUCAACCCCAGAGUCAACCCGAGUCAGAACCACAACAUGUUCCGGCAGCAAAUCGACGAGUUCACGGACGUGAAUGAGGGCGAGAAGGAGAUCAUGAAGCUGUGGAACCUUCACGUCAUGAAGCACGGCUUCGUCGGCGAGAACCAGAUGAACAAGGCGUGUCUGCUUUUCGUGGAUCGCCACGGCGACCACCUGGUCCGACACAACCUGUGUCGCAACCUCCUGCUGCACCUGGUCAGCAUGCACGACUACAAUCUGGUCAGCACCCUGACCAUCGACAGAGCCAUGGCCCGGCUCCGGCUGCUCCAGAACCAGGCGGUCCAAUUGAGCCACUGCAGGGCGGAGGAGGAGGAGGAGGAGGAGGACUGGGAGACGGCGGUGGAGUCACAGCCAGAUCCUGAUUCCGAUCGGAUGGAGGACAAACUGUCCGGAUCACACAACCAUAUGGACUCACCUGGUUCCGAUUGCAACUGAUGACAACAGAACCCACUCACGCAGCAAGUAAGCUGUUCCAGGAUCAGUGAAUGACUUGUCAAACUGCCGAGAGCUUCUUCAUCCGUGCUUCAAAAGCGGGUCGACCCAACGUUGUUUCAGAUGAUUCACCGGCUCCGUUAUUUUUUAGGUUUAGAACACGUCCCCAAGCCUCAGUUUCUGGAAGCCGCAGUCUAAACGACAAAGAAAGUCUGUAGUUCCUUUUUCUCCUUCACUCGAAGUGCAGCCAGCAGUAACAGUGGUUCAGCGUGUAUAUUUUUGCAGGUGAACAUUUUGAGACCAAAUCAGAGAUGAUCUAUUUUUCUGCUUGUGUUUCUUGUCUUCUGUAUUUUUGUAUUUAAAUAAAGUCUUCAGGAAAUCUCA